AUGGGAGAUAACAACCACAGCACCACACAAAUGGCUGCUUCCGACGUAGCCAGCGCUAUCAGAGACAAUGGCGAUGCCGGGCAAGAGGCCACUCCGAGCUCGCUCGAGUCGACUCCCGAGCCUUCCACCACUGAGAUAGUACAAGACCAGGCCCAGCCGCAGAAGCGCAAAGGAGGCCGCAAACCUAUCUAUGCCACAUCCGAGGAGCGGAAGCAAAGGAAUAGGCAAGCUCAGGCUGCAUUCCGAGAGAGGCGCACCGAAUACAUCAAGCAACUCGAGACCACCAUCAAGCACCAUGAAGAGACACUGCAGACUUUGCAGCAAAGUCACCGUAGUGCGGCUGAUGAAUGUCUCAUGCUCCGUUACAAGAAUUCGCUUCUUGAGAGAAUCUUGUUGGAGAAGGGCAUUGAUGUGCAGGCCGAGUUGCAGAUGAAAACGGGCAGUCCUGCUCUCGGACACUCGUAUAUCCCCCACCAUGCUCCGUCGUCAAUGGCAGCUGCUCCUCUGCAACGCACAGCACUGAACCGACAGCAUGCAAGACGUUCCGGCCAGGUCUACCCUCCACGGAUCGGACCUGGCGCGGCAGCGCAACCAGAUCUUUCCUUUUCUGCUCGUUCCCCUCAGGGUCAUCCCACUCCGUCAUCACAUGCGUCCUCACCUACAGCCUUGUCUACUCAGUCACCUGCUGCUAUGCAACCCGGAGCUAUGACCCCACCAGCAUCAGUAAUCACUGGAGGUCAACAGCAACAGUAUGGAGUGGGUCAGCCACCCCGUUCGCGCUAUGUCAUGCAGCACCCACCUCAGCACCGGGGUCCUGCCUUCUCGGCUCCCAACGGAGUAUCUAGCAUGUCCGAAUCGACCAGUGGAGUAGCAGGCAAUGCAUCGGCAUUCUAUCCAUCGCCAUUCCAAAAACACAUUGAACAGCUGGAUCAGGAGUACGACUCCCAACCAACAUCCUCGUCGAUGCUCGAAACCGAAUCCGAAGUGAACGAACAAACCCCCGUCCAAGCCGCCGAGCCACCGCAAUGCCCUUCCUCGAAUCCCUACCAGGGACAACACGCUGCACAACACGCCGAACACCACGGGCCUGCUAAGAGCAGCAACCAAGAUCACGACCGAGCCCACCCAGGCGAGGGACAGAUCCCGGGAAUGAACCAAAUCUUCGACCCCUACGACCCGAUGCUUGAUGCGGAUCCGUUUGGCUUGUCAGCAAGCAUGCAUUUCUCGACCGACUAUGGCUUUCAACACCCACCACAGAGGUAG